AUGGAGAUGGUGCCCUUCCCUUCUAAAGCAUAUGGACAAUUCUAUGAAGGUGACAGCUAUGUCAUUCUAUACGUAAGUAAUCAAUGUAACAUUAUGUUGGCAUAUUCGAAACUACUCCAAAAAAGUGGCCUAUACGGACAAAAUACACAAAGUGACAUCCCAGUAUCAUAUUUCUGUCUGAUCCCGUAGACCAAUAAGAUGCGCAGCUCAUUCACCUACGACCUCCACUAUUGGCUGGGAAGGGCCACCUCCCAUGACGAGCAGGGGGCGGCGGCCAUCUACACCACCAUGAUGGACGAGCACCUGGGGGGCGUGGCUGUGCAGCACCGUGAGGCGCAGGGCUAUGAGAGUGACACCUUUCGUGGAUACUUCAAAAAGGGCAUCAUGUGAGUGAUGUACAACAAACUACACCUGCCUACUGUAUGGAGACAAUGUAAUGUCAAACUAUUUAUAGACAAACAACUUCAGUUCCUUCAACUCAUUAUUCACAAGUCAUCAGAGUGUGACGUAUGUUGAACGCUGAACGAGAGACCUUGGUUUAUUGUUUUUGUAAUGUGACAGUGUUUCCUUGCAAAGUUUAAUUUAUAUACUUUUGGAUUUUGGUUCCCGCAACGCGGUUACCCUCAGUUGCUGUGACCACUACCAUCUGUCCCGGGAUUGCCGAAGCUAGAUACUAGCCUAGCAGGGAGCUGUCAGUAUCAAACAAGCAGGGUUUUCCACGAACAGCUUGAACACAGUCCGCGACGCAGUUAACCCUUGUGGCUGGGACCACGGAGGUGUCCCACAGUUAUUGUGACUGUAUUCCCUGCUGCUUUUCCCCUGCAACCUGACCUGGCUGGAACUGUGUUGUAUAGCUACCAACAUUAGCCAAUGCUGCUACCAACAGUAUGUGCAAAGACACUGCUUUCGUGCUCACCACUGUGAGAGAAUCUUAAGGAGGACACAUAUUUCUGCUUUUAGUAUUUUUGCAAUUUGUGUGAGCUCUUUUUGUUCACUUAGUUGAGAAUUCCCUGUAAGGAGAGAGACACGAAAGCCCAGCUAGCCUAGCUGGCCGGCAGUCUCAAAUGGAGGUCGCUAUUGAAAGUUUUCAACGCUGCAGGAGCUGUGUUUAUUUUGCUUUAUUCCGGGAACAUUGUGGACUGCCCCGACUUUCAAUGUAGCAACUGUUUGCUUGCAGAGGACUACAGGGGCGAAGUGGCUACUCUCAGCAAACAAGUAGCAAACCUACACAAGCUACUGGGGAAUCCACGCCCGCCUACUUUUUCUUUCUCUUCUGCCCCAGUAGCCGGACGCCACUCUGGUCUGGUGGAAGUGUCGCCGCCGUGUCGGAGAUGUUAAGCCCGGACCGGACACAGACCAGAAAUAGCUUUGCUGCCCUGUAUCGAGGUUCCGGCGUCUUCUUCCCUGGGGGCUUCCAAUUCCAGAUCGGAUCCGGAGGUACCUGCACUUUCGUCCUCUGUUCGGUUUCCCUUUCUGGUGGCUUCUACCUCGGGUUCAGAUCCUCAGAGCUCCCACCCUCAUCAGACCGUGACGCUGUCAGAGACUCCAGCCCAUUCAUCAUCAACGAUGGAUACUACAGCUGGCUUACGUCCAUCGGGCCACACCGCCCUUUGGUCCUCGAGGUGGUUGCGAAACAACUUGAGGCAAAAGAACAGCCGGACCUCCUCAGCCAUUGCACCAUCUGUCGUCAUCGGCAGUUCUAUUGUAAGAAACAUCUUGGUUCCCGGGGCAUAAACCCUGUGCUAUCCUGGACACGAGUACAGGACAUUACAAGGCUGCUUCCUACCAUUCUACGACAGAUGCCGGGAAAAGAGAAGAAUAAACUAUACUAUGAAACAAAGAUAAAUUAUAUAAUUGUUGAUAGUAAAAAGCUUUGGAGCACCUUAAAUGAAAUUUUUGACAAAGAGGCAAACUCAGCUCCAUCAUUCAUUGAAUCAGAUGGCUCAUUCAUCACAAAACCCACGGAUAUUGCCAACUACUUUAAUUAUUUUUUCAUUGGCAAGAUUAGCAAACUUAGGCAUGACAUGCCAGCUUCAAACGCGACACUACACAUCCAAGUAUAACUGACCAAAUUCUGGAAGACAAGCAUUGUAAUUUUGAAUUCCGCAAAAACAUAUUUGUUGAUAGACCACGACAAGCCACCGGGGUCUGACAACUUGGAUGGAAAAUUACUCAGGAUAAUAGCAGACGAUAUUGCCACUCCUAUUUGCCAUAUCUUAAAUUUAAGCCUGCUAGAAACUGUGUGCCCUCAGGCCUGGAGGGAAGCAAAAGUCAUUCUGCUAUGUAAGAAUAGUAAAGCCCCCUUUACUGGCUCAAAUAGCCGACUAAUCAGCCUGUUACCAACCCUUAGUAAACUUUUUGAAAAAAUUGUGUUUGACCAGAUACAAUGCUAUUUUACAGUAAACAAAUUGACAACAGACUUUCAGCACGCUUAUAGGGAAUGACAUUCAAUAACCACAUCACUUACACAAAUGACUCAUGAUUGGCUGAGAGAAAUUGAUGAUCAAAAGAUUGUUGGGGCUGUUUUGUUAGUCUUCAGUGCGGUUUGACGUUAUCGAUCAUAGUCUGCUGCUGGAAAAACGUAUGUGUUAUGGCUUUACACCCCCUGCUAUAUUGUGGAUAAAGAUUGACCUGUCUAACAGAACACAGAGGGUGUUCUUUAAUGGAUGCCUCUCCAACAUAAUCCAGGUGUCUUGUUUUGCACGCUUUGUACAAAAUAAUAAAAUGCAGUACCACAGGAUCUUUCUAAACGUAGCUCUUUAUUAGCUAGUUAUAACUGGCAUGUUCAUGUGUCUCCGGCCAUGAUCAACUGAAAAUGACCUCACGACCUGGGUGUUCUUAACCAAUCAUAGCGUAGUAUGAUACGACAGUAGAAUGCAACCAAUUACAAUUCAGUAUGUUGACACAUAUGAAUAUUACACCAGGUACAAUCAGGAAUUCCCCAGGGCAGCUGUCUACGCCCCUUACUUUUUUCAAUCUUUACUUACGACAUACAGCUGGCUUUGAGUAAAGCCAGUGUGUCUAUGUAUGCGGAUGACUCAACACUAUACACGUCAGCUACUACAGCGACUGAAAUGACUGCAACACUUAGCAAAGAGCUGCAGUUAGUUUCAGAAUAGGUGGCAAGGAAUAUGUUAGACCUAAAUAUUUCAUAAACGAAAAGCAUUGUAUUUGGGACAAAUCAGUCACUAAACCCUAAACCUCAACUAAAUCUUGUAAUGAAUAAUGUGGAAAUUGAGCAAGUUGAGGUGACUAAACUGCUUGGAGUAACCCUGGAUUUUAAACUGUCAUGGUCAAAACAUGUUGAUACAACAGUAGCUAAGAUGGGGAGAAGUCUGUCCAUAACAAAGCGCUGCUCUGCCUUCUUAACAACACUAUCAAGAAGGCAGGUCCUACAGGCCCUAGUCGCACCUGGACUACUGUUCAGUCGUGUGAUCAGGUGCCACAAAGAGGGACUUAGGAAAAUUACAAUUGGCUCAGAACAGGGCAGCAUGGCUGGCCCUUAAAUGUACACAGACAUUAAUGAUGUGCAUGUCAAUCUCUUCAAAGUGGAGGAGAGAUUUACUUCAUCACUAGUGUGUAAAGAAUGGCGCCGGAGGAGAUGGCUGCCAUUUUACGGGCUCUGAACCAAUUGUGCUAUUUUUUCGCGUUGUUUAACUUAUUUUGUACAGAAUUGUCACGGAUCCCCCCGGUACUGCUGCUCAUUCCGUUCACCAGCUCCGGAGGUCUACGUCACCGGCCUUCUAGGCGUCACUGACCUGGAUCAUUACCACCAACCCCGGACUGUCUUGUCUCAUUACGCAAACCUGGUUCCCAUUUCCCCUGAUUAGUAUGUAUAUAUAUAUGCCCUCUGUCCCCCAUUGUCCUUGUCGAUUAUUGUCCCAUGUCCAUUGGUCUCGUGUGUACUGUGUUAUUGUGCUCUUGUUAUUACGGGUCUCGUCCCGUCUAUUGUUUAUAAGUUUACACCUUGCUCUUUUGUUUUGACAGUACCAGUCAAAAGUUUGGACACACCUACCCAUUCAAGGGUUUUUCUUUCUUUUUUAUUAUUUUCUACAUUGUAGAAUAAUAGUGAAGACAUCAAAACUAUGAAAUAACACAUAUGGAAUCAUGUAGUAACCAAAAGAGUGCUAAACAAAUCAAAAUAUAUUUUAGAUGUUAGAUUCUUCAAAGUAGCCACCCUUUGCCUUGAUGACAGCUUUGCACACUCUUGGCAUUCUCUCAACCAGCUUCAUGAGGUAGUCACCUGGAAUGCAUUUCAAUUAACAGGUGUGCCUUGUUAAAAGUUAAUUUGUGGAAUUUCUUUCCUUCUUAAUGCGUUUGAGCAAGGUAGAGGGGGCUGCCUCCGAUAUGACAAGGGUUGGUGGUUUGUGUCUAUUUGUCAAUAACAGCUGGUGUGCAAAAUCAAAUAUUAUGGAAGUCUCGAGGUUUGGCUCACCUGAGGUAGAGUAUCUCAUGAUAAGCUGUAUACCACACUAUUUACCAAGAGAGUUUUCAUCAUUUUUUUUGUAGCUGUCUAUUUACCACCACAAACCGAUGCUGGCACUAAGACCGCACUCAAUGAGCUGUAUAAAGCCAUGAGCAAACAAGAAAAUGCUAAUCCAGAGGCGGCGUCCUAGUGGCUGGGGACUUUGAUGCAGGGAAACUUAAAUCAGUUUUACCUAAUUUCUACCAGCAUGUUAUGAUGAGUUUCUCAGGUAUCAAGUAAUUAAGAAUGUAAGGAUGUACUUAGACACUUUUGAUGGGGAGUUCAUAUAAGAUAUUAAAUAGGUACCAUGGUUCGUUAUAACAAAAGACAAAGCCCUGCCUCUGGCAAUUCCCGAACUCAUUUGAACAAAGAGCCACUCUCUCUUAUAUACCCUCUGUUACAAGUUUCUUCACGAACAUCUGGUAACCCUCAAUGGGCACUCCCUUCUUUGAUGUUAUUACUCUUUACCUCCAAGUCAGUAUAUCCUGUCCAUCAAUUAUUCUAAGAUCAACAUCAGUAAUCUCCUUUGACAUAAGGAAUGCAGACUCUGUGGCACCAAGUCACGUAUCUACCAACACUCCCCUGUGUCACCCAACACUAUGAAAUGACAUCAUUACAACCACCAUAAGACUGUGGAACAGCUAAUCAAAUGGCUACCCAGACUAUUUGCAUUGCAAAGUCACUUUACCCCUACCUACAUGUACAUAUUACCUCAAUUACCUCAACUAACCUGUACCCCUGCACAUUGACUCGGUACCGGUACCCCCUGUAUAUAGCCUCGUUAUUGUUAUUUUAUUGUUGCUCUUUUAUUUUUUACUUUAUUUUAUUUAGUAAAUAUUUUUCUUAACUUAUUUUUCUUCAAACGGCAUUGUUGGUUAAGGGCUUGUAAGUAAGCAUUUCAGGUAAGGUCUACACCUGUUGUAUUCGGCGCAUGUGACAAAUAACACUUGAUUUGAUUUUAUUUGUUUUUGUAAGUGUUGGGAAGCUGAAUGCACCAAGUUGUCUGUUUAAACUACUAGCACACACCUCGGACACCCAUGCAUGACAUGUCACCAGAGGUCUCUUCACAAUCCCCAAGUCCAGAACAGACUAUGGGAGGUGCACAGUCCUACAUAGAGCCAUGACUACAUUGAACUCUAUUCCACAUCAGGUAACUGAUGCAAGCAGUAGAAUCAGAUUUUAAAAAUACACCUUAUGGAACAGCGGGGACUGUGAAGAGACACACACACAGGUACAGACACGCAUACGCACACAAACACUAGCACACGUACUCUACACACACGCACAUUGUAAUAUUGUUGUAUGGCGGUAUUAUACAUUUUGUAUUGUAGAUAUGUAUUAGUGUAAUAAUGUUAUAUGAUGUACUGUUUUAUCUUUUGUUUUAUGUGUAAUGUAAGUGCCUUAAUGUGUUUGGACCCCAGGAAGAGUAGCUGCUGCGUUGGCAGCAGCUAAUGGGGAUCCCUAAUAAAUACAAAUACAAAUAGGAGACCAUGUGGGCCAUCCCACACACACAAACACACCCAAACACCCACAAAACCCAUCUAGCUGCAGUACCCAAUGCGCACACACACACACACACACACAUUAUUUUAGUUGCACUGUCAAUUAACUCAAUACCAAAAAGCCUAAAACCAAUAUCUUUGGAAUGAUUAUGGAGCCAUUAAAGACAGUGGAAAAUACAAUUGUCCCUCUUGAUAUAACAGGAAAUUAGAAUAGGAGGAACCAGAAUUUUGAAAAAAGAGGUACUGGUAUUUCUGUAGCCAUCAUUAGGCAUGUACUGGUAACUGCCAACAUAAAGGAAACACUUGAGUAAAUGAGGGAUACAAAGUAUAUUGAAAGCAAGUGCUUCCACACAGGUGUGGUCCCUGAGUUAAUUAAGCAAUUAACAUCCCAUCAUGCUUAGGGCCAUGUAUAAAAAUGCCCAGUUGCCCAUUAUUUUGGCUACUAUGGCUAGAAUAAAUCUCAGUGACUUUGAAAGAGGGGUCUGAAGGGGGUUUAAAGGGUGUGUGUCUCAGUCACCAGAUCUCAACGCAAUUGAACACUUAUGGGAGAUUCUGGAGCGGCGCCUGAGACAGCGUAUUCCAGGACCAUCAACAAAACCACAAAUUAUGGAAUUUCUUGUGGCAUAAUGGUGUCGCAUCCCUCCGAUAGAGUUCUUGUAGAAUCUAUGCCAAGGCGCAUUGAAGCUGUUCUGGCGGCUCGUGUUUCCAUUUCCUUUAUCUUGGCAGUUACCUGUAGAUCGUUGUGAUAUUAUAUAGCCUCCUCCACUCUACAUCAAAGGCCAUUUCCUCUUGUAGUGUUUCUUUGACUAAUCUUAAAUUGCAUUGUGACUGAUGGUAAGAGGGGGAUAAAAAAUAAACACUUUGUGAGGAAGUUGACGCAACCAUCACUUCUGCAUUCUGUCUUCUGAAAAAGAGCAUGGUGGUCAGACAGAAGAGUAUUUAGGGUGGAGUGGUGUCAGAGUGGAACAGCAUAACAUAAAUAACUUGAGAACCAGACCGUGACACACAACGCAAGCUGACGUACCUAAUAUGUAAUGGUAUUCAGCAGGGUUCAAUUCAAAUUGAAGUCAGUCAAUUCAGGAAUGGAGUUGAAUUUCAAAUAAAAAAAUAUAAUAAAUACAUUUCUCCAUUCUAUUUCAUUGAGAAGUCAUUGAAAAAAGAUGCCAUUUUUUCAAUUAUUGAUUUAGAAUUUCAGUUUACUUCCUGAAUUGACUGAAUUCAAUUCAAAUCGACCCCAACCCUGGUAUUCAUUCCAUAUAACAUCAAAAAGGGUUUCAAACCAUAAUUGAUGGCCGUCAUCUGACAGCAUUUCUUGUGCGUAUUUUUCCACAGCUACAAGAGUGGCGGCGUGGCGUCCGGGAUGAAGCAGGUGGAGACCAACACCUACAACAUCCGCCGCCUGCUCCAUGUCAAGGGAAGGAAGCAUGUGGUGGCUGGAGAGGUGAGAAAGCUCACAACCGUAGCCCCAACUCAAGCCAAUAUAUCCCUAGUGGAAUAUAUUGCCUUCAAACAGCCUCGGCUCUGCUCUUGACAAAUGUCAAGCAGCAUUUACUAUAUUGUCUUCUUCAAUUCUACUGGACUAGAAACACCUCUCCACAUGUCACUCAUCUCAGAAGAGAUGCAGAACACUUGGGUUCAAGUGCAUAAACUAUUAGUCACAUGACUGACUCUGUGUAGCUCCUCUACAACUGACAUAAUCACACUUAAAGACUAUCAAGAAAUCACACUGAUGUGUCAUUAUGAUCAUUCCAAGGUUAAUGUUCAACUCAGACUAAUUACUACUAAUUGUGAAAACUGAGUAGAAUGUCUUACAAGGAAAGAUUGUUAACCCUUAGAGAUCUCUAACCCUUAAAGAGAUCAUUGGUUGACACAACAGUGCAAUUUACUGUUAAAUACCUACAGUAUCAAUCAGGGGCAUCAUGCACACAUUAUUUUAAAAGGGACACAAAGUAAAUAAGAAUGGGGGUGGAGAAUUUGAAUUUUUCCAACACCUGAAACAGCUUUCUCCUGAAAUCUAGAGCCAUAAUCGUAUGCCUAAUUUUAUGUUUAAAAAAUAUGUAAACUCAGCAAAAAAAGAAACAGCCCUUUUUCAGGACCCUGUCUUUCAAAGAUAAUUAGUAAAAAUCCAAAUAACUUCACAGAUCUUCAUUGUAAAGGGUUUAAACACUGUUUCCCAUGCUUGUUCAAUGAACCAUAAACAAUUAAUGAACAUGCACCUGUGGAACGAUCGUUAAGACACUAACAGCUUACAGACGGUAGGCAAUUAAGGUCACAGUUUUGAAAACUUAGGACACUUUCUACUGACUCUGAAAAACACCAAAAGAAAGAUGCCGAGGGUCCCUGCUCAUCUGCGUGAACGUGCCUUAGGCAUGCUGCAAGGAGUCAUGAGGACUGCAGAUGUGGCCAGGGCAAUAAAUUGCAAUGUCCGUACUGUGAGACGCCUAAGACAGCGCUACAGGGAGACAGGACGGAUAGCUGAUCAUCCUCGCAGUGGCAGACCAGGUGUAACAACACCUGCACAGGAUCGGUACAUCACACCUGCAGGACAGGUACAUGAUGGCAACAACAACCGCCCUAAGUUACACUAGGAACAAACAAUCCCUCCAUCAGUGCUCAGACUGUCCUCAAUAGGCUGAGAGAGGCUGGACUGAGGGCUUGUAGGCCUGUUGUAAGUCAGGUCCUCACCAGACAUCACCGGCAACAACGUUGCCUAUGGGCACAAACCCACCGUCGCUGGACCAGACAGGACUGGCAAAAGGUUCUCUUCACUGACGAGUCGCGGUUUUGUCUCACCAGGGGUGAUGGUCGGAUUCGCGUUUAUCGUCGAAGGAAUGAGCGUUACACCGAGGCCUGUACUCUGGAGCGGGAUCGAUUUGGAGGUGGAGGGUCCUUUACAUGGUACCCCAUCCUGUUGAUCUGUUUAGCCUCAGCCCAAACUUUCAUCGCCAUUACCAGUUGUUGUCUUAGCCCUCUCGAAUAACACCUGUGAUUGCAUUAUGCCUCUCUCCCAUGUCAAUAUGCCUAGCCUAUUGCUGUUUGGGUUAGUUCUUAUUAUACAAUUUCACUGUAGAGCCCCAAGUUCAGCUCAACCAGCCUCAGAGAGCUCCUUUUUCCCACCCCCCAUACACGCGGAGACCGGCUCAAUCGGUACCUCCAGUGAUGCUAUCUCUUUCAUAGUUACACAAUGCUUAGGUGUACCUCCACUGUACUCAUAUCCUUCCAUAUCCUUGUCUGUACAUAAUGCCCUGAAUCUAUUCUACAACAGCCGGAAAUCUGCCCCUUUUCUCUGUAACCAACGCACUAGAAGACCAGUUCUUAAAGCCUUUAGCCGUAUCCUUAUUCUAUUCCUCCUCUGUUCCUCUGGUGAUGUAGAGGUUAACCCAGGCCCUGUAGCCCCCAUUAUCACUCCUACCCGCCAGGCGCUAUAAUUUGUUGACUUCUGUAACCGUAAAAGCCUUGGUUUCUUGCAUAUUAACAUCAGAAGUCUCCUCCCCAAGUUUGAGUUAUACACUGCGUUAGCACACUCUGCCAACCCUGAUGUUCUAGCAGUGUCUGAAUCUUGGCUUAGGAAGGCCACCAAAAAUUCAGAAAUAUCCAUUCCGAACUACAACAUUUUCCGUCUAGAUAGAACUGCCAAAGGGGGCGGAGUUGCAAUCUACUGUAGAGAUAUCCUGUAGAGCUCUAUCAUACUAUCCAGGUCUGUGCCCAAACAGUUUGAGCUUCUACUUCUAAAAAUCCACCUUUCCGGAAAUAAGUCUCUCACUGUUGCCGCUUGCUACAGACCCCCCUCAGCCCCCAGUUGUGCCCUGGACACCAUAUGUGAAUUGCUUGCCCACCAUCUAUCCUCAGAGUUCGUACUGCUUGGUGACCUAAACUGGGAUAUGCUUAACACCCCGGCGGUCCUACAAUCUAAACUAGAUGCCCUCAGUCAAAUUAUCAAGGAACCUACCAGGUACAACACUACAUCCGUAAACAUGGGCACCGUCAUAGAUAUCAUCCUGACUAAUUUACCCUCUAAAUACACCUCCGCUGUCUUCAACCAGGAUCUCAACGAUCACUGCCUCAUUGCCUGCGUCCGUAAUGGGUCCACGGUCAAACGUCCACCCCUCAUCACUGUCAAACGCUCCCUAAAACACUUCAGCAAGCAGGCCUUUCUAAUUGACCUGGCCCGGGUAUCCUGGAUGGAUAUUGACCUCAUUCUGUCAGUAGAGGAUGCCUGGAUGUUCUUCAAAAGUGUUUUCCUCUCCAUCUUAAAUAAGCAUGCCCCAUUCAAAAAAAUUCAGAACUAAGAACAGAUAUAGCCCCUGGUUCACCCCAGAAUUGACUGCCCUUGACCAGCACAAAAACAUCCUGUGGCGUAUUGCAGCCCCCGCGAUAUGCAACUUUUCAGGGAAGUCAGGAACCAAUAUACACAAUCAGUUAGGAAAGCAAAGGCUAGCUUUUUCAAACAGAAAUUUGCAUCCUGUAGCACUAACUCCAAAAAGUUUUGGGACACUGUAGUCCAUCGAGAAUAAGAGCACCUCCUCCCAGCUACCCACUGCACUGAGGCUAGGCAACACUGUCACCACCGAUAAAUCUACGAUAAUCGAGAAUUUCAAUAAGCUUUUUGCUACAGCUGGCCAUGCUUUCCACAGGGCUACCCCUGCCCCGGCCAGCUCUGCACCCUCCACUGCAACCUGCCCAAGCCCCCCCCCCCCCCCCCCCCCCGCUUCUCCUUCACACAAAUUAAGAUAGCUGAUGUCCUGAAAGAGCUGCUGAAUCUGGACCCCUACAAAUCAGCUAGGCUAGACAAUCUGGACCCUUUCUUUCUAAAAUUAGCCGCCAAAAUUGUCGCAACCCCUAUUACUAGGCUGUUCCCCAGAGAUUGGAAAGCUGCCGCAGUCAUCCCCCUCUUCAAAGGGGGUGACACUCUAGAUCCAAAAUGUUACAGACCUAUAUCCAUCCUGCCCUGCCUUUCGAAAGUAUUUGAAAGCCUAGUUAACAAACAGAUCACCGACCAUUUCGAAUCCCACCAUACCUUCUCCGCUAUGUUAUCUGGUUUCCGAGCUGGUCAUGGGUGCACCUCAGCCAAUCUCAAGGUCCUAAACGAUAUAAUAACCGCGAUCGAUAAAAGACAGUACUGUGCAGCCGUCUUCAUCGACCUGACCAAGGCUUUUGACUCUGUCAAUCACCGCAUUCUUAUUGGCAGACUAAAUAGCCUUGGUUUCUCAAAUGACUGCCUCGCCUGGUUCACCAACUACUUCUCAGAUAGAGUUCAAUGUGUUAAAUCGGAGGGCCUGUUGUCUGGACCUCUGGCAGUCUCUAUGGAGGUGCCACAGGGUUAAAUUCUCGGGCCGACUCUAUUCUCUGUGUAUAUCAAUGAUGUCGCUCUUGCUGCUGGUGACUCUCAGAUCCACCUCUAUGCAGACGACACCAUUUUGUAUACAUCUGGCCCUUCAUUGGACACUGUGUUAACAAACCUCCAAACGAGCUUCAAUGACAUGCAACACUCCUUCCGUGGCCUCCAACUGCUCUUAAACGCUAGUAAAACUAAAUGAAUGCUCUUCAAUCGAACGCUGCUUGCACCCGCCCGCCCGACUAGAAUCACUACACUCGGCGGGUCUGACCUAGAGUAUGUGGACAACUACAAAUACCUAGGUGUCUGGUUAGACCGUAAACUCUCCUUCCAGACUCACAUUAAGCAUCUCUAAUCCAAAGUUAAAUCUAGAAUCGGCUUCUUAUUUCGCAACAAAGCCUCCUUCACUCAGCUGCUAAACAUGCCCUCGUAAAACUGACUAUCCUACCGAUCCUUGACUUCAGCGAUGUCAUUUACAAAAUAGCUUCCAACACUCUACUCAGCAAAUUGGAUGUAGUCUAUCAAAGUGCCAUCCGUUUUGUCACCAAAGCCCCAUAUACUACCCACCAUUGUGACCUGUAUGCUCUUGUUGGCUGGCCCUCACUACAUAUUUUUACAUUUUAGUCAUUUAGUAGACGCUCUUAUCCAGAGCGACUUACAGUUAGUGAGUGCAUACAUUUUCUUCUCCAUACUGGCCCCCCGUGGGAAUCGAACCCACAACCCUGGCGUUGCAAACGCCAUGCUCUACCAACUGAGCUACACGGUCAAAAUUUGCUUUGAUUAAAGACUCUCCGAGACAAUAUUUUUGUAAUACAAAAUUUUUGUAUUCAAUUAGGAGAUUUGGUGGUUAACAGAAUAACAUCGCCACUAGCUAACUAUUUACAAUGGAAAUAAGAGGUCAUCCACUAAUCUAUGGUAACAUUAGUCUACAUCAGAGCCCUCUAUAAAAAAGUUACAACAAGUAGCAUUCAGCGACACCAAGUAAUCAUAACAUUUAAAUAAAUAAUGACGAUGACAGUGUCAAACUAGCUAAGCCAUGACUAUCCAGUUAAGUUUUGUAGCUAGUUAGCCUGCCAACUAUCCACGUUCGACAGCAAAAUAAACCACUCAACUAUUUAUUACAAACAAAGCCAGGGGCCAUGGUUGCUAGCAAUUUGUAAUAAAUGGAUAGCAAUCUACAAAAAGGUUCCGUCAACAAUACUCAGGGAUUGGCUAGCUCGGUAGCUAACUAACGAGUAAAGUCAGAGAUAUCGCUGGUAACGUUACAUCCGUAAUGUAAACAAUGUUAUGAAUUGCCUCCGCCUUCUUUGGCAACACAGCUCAGGCCAACCUAGUUAGCUCAAUUACUAGCAGUUCUGGUAGUUAACGUUAGCUAAUAAAACUAACGAUGUAGCGAGCUAUGGAACUAAACAGACUAUUGUCCAAAUUACACAACCUGUUCAUUCACACGUGGCAAAUUCCAAUGUUUUGCACGACUUGAACCGGUUUUGGUUAGCUAACGUUAGCCCUAGCUAGCAAACAAGCCUUCUCAGAACUAACGCUGCUUAAAAUUAAUUUGCCAAUAUCUUGCUCAUCCGAAAACCAUCAAAAUAAGUUUGUAAUUUCUAAUACAACUACGAGAACCGGAAUAUUUCACAAAUAAUGACACAAAUAAGCAACAUUAUCUACAGUCUUAUUCGUCGCCAAACCCACUGGCUCCAGGUCAUCUAUAAAUCACUUCUAGGCAAAUCCCUGCAUUAUCUUAGAUCAUUGGUCACCAUUGCAACACCCACCCGUAGUAUGCGUUCCAGCAGGUAUAUCUCACUGGUCAUCCCCAAAAAUCUCUGAAGCUGGAGACACUUAUCUCCCUCACUAACUUUAAGCAUCAGUUGUCAGAGCAGCUUACCGACCACUGCACCUGUACACAGCCCAUCUGUAAUUAGCCCACCCAACUACCUCAUCCCCAUAUUGUUAUUUACAUUGUUAUUUAUUUUGCUCAUUUGCACCCCAGUAUCUCUAUUUGCACAUCAUCUUCUGCACAUCUAGCACUCCAGUGUUAAUACUAAAUUGAAAUUAUUUUGCACUAUGGCCUAUUUAUUGCCUUACCUCCAUAACUUGAUACAUUUGCACACACUGUAUAUAGAUGUUCUAUUGUGUUAUUGACUGUACGUUUUGUUUUUGUUUAUUCCAUAUGUAACUCUGUGUUGUUGUUGUUUUUAAUCGCACUGCUUUGCUUUAUCUUGGCCAGGUCGCAGUUGUAAAUGAGAACUUGUUCUCAACUGGCUUACCUGGUUAAAUAAAGGUGAAAAAAUAUAAUAAUAGUGUAUUCGGAAAGUAUUCAGACCCCUUGACUUUUUCCACAUUUUGAUACAUUACAUUUUUAUUCUAAAAUUGAUUAAAUUAUUUUUUCCCCUCAACAAUCCACACACUAUUUACCAUGAUGACAAUGCAAAAACAGGUUUUUAGAACUGAAAUAUAACAUUUACAUAAGUAUUCAGACCCUUUACUCAGUACUUUGUUGAAGCACCUUUGGCAGCGAUUACAGCCUCGAGUCUUCUUGGGUAUGCCGCUACAAGCUUGGCACACCUGUAUUUGUGGCGUUUCUCCCAUUCUUCUCUGCAGAUCCUCUCAAGAUCUGUCAGGUUGGAUGGGGAGCAUCGCUGCACAGCUAUUUUCAGGUCUCUCCAGAGAUGUUCGAUCGUGUUCAAGUCCAGGCUCUGGCUGGGCCACUCAAGGACAUUCAGAGACUUUUCCCGAAGCCACUCCUGCGUUAUCUUGGCUGUGUGCUUAGGGUCUUUGUCCUGUUGGAAGAAGAACCUUCACCCCAGUCUGAGGUCCUGAGCGUUCUGGAGUAGGUUUUCAUCAAGGAUCUCUCUGUACUUUGCUCCGUUCAUCUUUCCCUCGAUUCUGACUAGUCUCCCAGUCCCUGCCGCUGAAUAACAUCCCCACAGCAUGAUGCUGCCACCACCAUCCUUCACCGUAGGGAUGGUGCCAGGUUUCCUCCAGACGUGACGCUUGGCACAUUCAGGACAAAGAUUUCAAUCUUGGUUUCAUCAGACCAGAGAAUCUUGUUUCUCAUGGUCUGAGAGUUUUGGGUGCCUUUUCGCAAACUCCAAGGGGGCUGUCAUGUGCCUUUUACUGAGGAGUGGCUUCCGUCUGGCCACUCUACCAUAAAGGCCUGAUUGGUGUAGUGCUGCAGAGAUGGUUGUCCUUCUGGAAGGUUCUCCCAUCCCCACAGAGGAACUCUGGAGCUCUGUCAGAGUGUCCAUCAGGUACUUGGUCACCUCCCUGACCAAUGCCCUUCCACCCCGAUUGCUCAGUUUGGCCAAGCGGCCAGCUCUAGGAAGAGUCUUGGUGGUUCUAAACUUUUUCUAUUUAAGAAUGGUGGAGGCAAUUGUGUUCUUGGGGACCUUCAUUGAUAUAAAUUUUUUGGUACCCUUCCCCAGAUCUGUGCCUCGACAGAAUCCUGUCUCGGAGAUCUACGGACAAUUCCUGUCACGAUCGUCGUUACAGGAAGCGGACCAAGGCGCAGCGUGUGAUACAAACAUGACUUUAUUUUAAUUAAAGUAACGAACAAACCAAAACACGACUCGUGAAGUCCAACGGUUAAACAUACCGAAACGGAACAAAAACCCACAACACCCACAGGAAACAUACAGAUUAAAUAUGGCUCCCAAUCAGAGAUAACGAGCCGACAGCUGACACUCGUUACCUCCGAUUGGGAGUCAUUGACCAAACAUAGAAAUGAACCCAACAGAAAUACAAACAUAGAAAUACACCCAAUGGAUGAACACACCCUGGCUCAAAUUACAGAGUCCCGGAGCCAGAGCGUGACAAUUCCUUCGAACUCAUGGCUUGGUUUUUGCUCUGACAUGCACUGUCAACUGUGGGACCUUAUAUAAACAGGUGUGUGCUUUUCAAAAUCAUGUCCAAUCAAUUGGGUUUACCACAGGUGGACUCCAAUGAAGUUGUAGAAACAUCUCAAGGAUGAUCAAUGGAAACAGGAUGCACCUGAGCUCAAUUUCGAGUCUCAUAGCAAAGGGUCUGAAUACUUAUGUAAAUAAGAAUUUGCAAUCAUGUCUAAAAACCUGUAUUUGCUUUGCCAUUAUGGGGUAUUGUGUGUAGAUUGAUACCAAGGGGGUCUGAAUACUUUCUGAAUGCACAGUAUAUUUUUCUGGAUAGGUUAUCUAAGCAUACCUCUUUAAGUGUUCAAUUGUCAUUUUAAUUAAUGAUACACAUUGAUUCUUUAAGAACUUUUAUGCCUUAGGAGUUUACAUUGGUAUCAUAACCCAAUAAUUAAAGCAAUUUUGGUUAAUUGCUAGUGAUGAGGUUGGCAGAUUGGGAACCUAUCUAGCUGGUUAGGUAAGCCAACUUCAUAAAACUGCUAGGUGGCUAGUAUUAUAGAGAAACAACUAAACAUUUUAGUUUUAUUUAUUCAUCAAGAAGGAAUCAAUAGGCUACAUAGCUUGAGAAAAUGUAUUUACAAGCAUACCUCUGGCAGCUAAAAUCAAAUAAACGCUGUAUGUGUGUGACUCUCUCUCUCCUCCUCCACUGACGAUACUGCACGCACUAGUGACUAGAGUAUCCUGCCUAAGCAUCUCUUUGCUCCGUGCACCUUGGAAGGAACCACUUACUAGGGAGAAUAGAGGGGGGUCCUCUUUGCCUGAUCCAGUCAGUGUGCCCCCUCUGCAAAAUACCGCUGACCGAUUGUUUUGUAAAUAAUAAGGAUAAAACGUGGGCUUAAAAAUUACGUUUAGUAAUGAAUUUAACAUCUGAAAAUGUAAAAACAGGACUAAUUUGAGGGGGCAUGCGCCUUUGUGCCCCCUAUGGUCAUGACGCCACAGGUAUCAAUGUUACUUGAUAUAACCACGUCAGCAUAGAGUAAAAGUAUCAAUUCGACAAGUGCUCUCCUGUUGCAGUUUGUAUCAUACUGUUAAUAAAAUUCAGGCAAUGUUAGAAUUAAAUUAAUCAGUGUGUCCUUUCCAUCCCCAUCCAUCCAUCCAUCCAUCCAUCCAUCCAUCCGUGAGCACAGGUGGACAUGAGCUGGAACAGCUUUAACAAGGGGGAUGUGUUCCUGCUGGACCUGGGCAACCUCAUCAUCCAGUGGAACGGACCCAAGAGCAACCGUAUGGAAAGACUCAAGGUAAGGAGACAUUUUAGACCACAGCUACAGAGAAAUACAGUACUAGUUGAACAUCACUUUAUAGGUAACAUUUUCUUCAUCUAAACGCUGUGACCAAAAUGGACAGAUCUCGGCAGAGUUUAGUUCCCAUCUGUGUUUUCAGGAAGUGAAACAGUUGAGUGGUGGCAUUUUAGUUUUUUUUUAACUUUGGUGCUUAAUGAAUGUGUGAUAGGUGAAAUCACGAGUUAGACCACAUUGCCUUCACACCUCCAGGCAUAUCAGAUCAGUGAUAAUCACAAGGAAGAGAAGAAGGGUGCAUUUUCUAAGUAUUCAAACAAGGCCCCUAAGAAGGAAGACCUCUGCCUAUAAACCUAGCCCUUACAGCAUGGGAAAGCAUUAAAUGAAGGCUGGAUUGUGGUUCCAAUGGCUCAGUGGGGUAGUAGAUUGUGAAUGUCGACAGUUCUGUAAGGUUGAUGUUGUCGCGGUUGUUGUUCUUUGCAGGGGAUGACUCUAGCCAAGGACAUCCGUGACAGGGAAAGAGGGGGACGGGCGCAGGUUACCGUGGUGGAAGGGGACGACGAGAAGUCUUCAGAGGAGGCCAUGAAGCUGAUGAAGCAGCACCUGGGUGAGACGAGACGAGACAUCAGGGACAGCAUCGCGUCUGAUGACGUGGUCGACCAGAAGCUGAGGUCCAGCGUCAAGCUCUUCCAGUGAGUGCUGACCACUUCAGGGAUGUUUAUAACUUCCUUAUGAUCUGUCAUAGACAUUACAACCUCUUAUGACCUGUCAUAGACAUGUACUGUAGCAGAUGUGAACUCGCUAGUGAGAGCUAUCCAUUAUGCAGUGAUGUUACCCGGUUGGCACGCUUCUCAUUAUUACAGAAUUAUUGUGGAAAAUAAUAUAAUUCUGUUUGUUCUGUGCAGUAUCUCAGAUGCCCAGGGGAACCUUGUGGUGCAGGAGGUGGCAGUGAAGCCUCUGACUCAGGACCUGUUGAUUCACGAGGUCAGUCUCCUUGUCAAUCAUGGAAAGGGGAGGGAGCAUGUUAAAGGGGCCGGGGUUUGGUAG